AGAGUCGAAGAAAACUAACGAGAUAAUGAAGAGUGUGAGCCACCGGCAGGCCAGUCAACUGCUCCACAACAAAUUCGUUGUGGUGCUCGGAGAUUCCAUUCAGCGGUCUGUAUACAAGGACCUCGUUAUGCUGCUACAGAAGGAGAACUAUCUCACAUUAAGACAACUCAAGAGCAAGGGCGAGAUGAGCUUCGAACAGGACUGCCUGGUGGAAGGGGGCUGUCUAAGUCCAAUGCACAAUGGAACAGAGUACCGAGAGGUUCGGCAGUUUCAGUCCGCCCACCACCUGGUCCGCUUCUACUUUGUGACACGCGUCUACUCUCGCUACAUGCAGAGCAUCCUGGACGACUUCCGCAACGGCUUGAAACCAGAUGUAGUCAUCGUCAACUCCUGCGUUUGGGAUAUUUCAAGAUACCAUAGCCGUUGGAUUGAUGACUACAAGGAGAAUCUGUAUAGGUUCUUUGAGAAGCUGAGUGGGAUUCUGCCAAAGGAAACCCUGAUCAUAUGGAACCUCACCAUGCCGUUAGCAGAGAGGAUCAAAGGUGGUUUCCUGGUGCCUGAGAUUGAGCACAAGGCCCCCCAGCUGCGUUAUGACGUGAUCGAGGCUAACUUCUACAGCGGGACUCUGGCUGACGCCUACGGGAUGGAUGUGUUGGACCUCCACUUCCAGUUCCGAUUCUCUCUGCACCAUCGUACGAAGGACGGAGUCCACUGGAACGCCAUUGCCCACCGCAGGAUAACCUCCCUGCUGUUACAGCACGCUGCACAGGCCUGGGGUGUCAUCAUGCCCUGUGCAGUAGCUGUUGAGAGUCACCAAACUCAGAGAAAUUACAACCACAGGGAGGAGUUCUACAGUGAUUCCCUCCCUUCUGGCUACUUGAACUUUGAGGAGAGCAACCCACCGCAACAGGCAUAUCGACACGGGGCUGCUGGAGUUAACAGACCUGCCCUCCCACGACAGUGUCCCCCCCCAGUCUACAGACACAAGUACAGACAUAGACAGGUUGGACAUGGUUUCAACUACAUACCCCACCACCACUAUGUGCCCUACAAUGAGCACCAUCAUCUGAACGUGAUGAGGAGCCGACACAGCAGGCACCACUAUGCUCCAUACACCCAUCACAGACCCAAUCAGUACACCCGCAGGGAGAGUUACUACUGAGGUGAUUCACACUUGGUCAGAUUCCUUUUACUGUGUUAUCUAGUCCAGUCUCCUGUAUCAUCUGCAGUACACUGUAUUUCACAACAGUCCUGUUUGUUAUAACUCAGAACCAUACAAAGGCUUGUAAACCAGAAAGAAGCAUUACACAUCACUGUGCUUAGUUUGCACACAGAUUUUAUUUGAUUCAGAUUUUAAAUGUAUGUUUCAUUUGAAGACCUUUUUUAAUUAUGCACUUAAAAUGUAUUAGGUGCUGAGUUCUA